AUGAAGUGGCGAAUCAGCAUCGCAUUGGCUGAAAGGGGCUGAGGUCAGCUGUUCCAUAAAAGUGCAAAAGGUAUCAUGCAAUGCUAUGAAGGAUAUUGAGAAUGGCAGAAGAUGCAACUCUUCUCUUUUCAGCUUCCUGUAAGAAUAAAAGGUAUAUAAGCCGCCUUAAAUUGUGCAUCUAGUACUAUCUUUGCCAACAGCCUCUUGCGGUGUUAUCUGUUCAUCCAUGUCCACAAUGUCUUAUCUCAGCAAGCAUGUGCUCUUGCUUGCCUUUCUUGCCAUUGCAUACGUCUGCUUCACGAAUGCUAGUCCUAUCGUUCAACCAAACGAUGUGACGCCAACAGCACCACCACCACCUGCUCCUGCCAAAACAGAAUGCAGUUGUGCCAAGAAACCGUUAACUGAUCCAACGACGGCCACAAGUACAUCACCAUUACCAGACAAGACUGAUAAAACAAUCAAAACAGACAAGUAUCACAUUUAUGUAGAACCAAUCGGAAAUGGUAAAGAAGCAAUCAUUAUUCCGGCUGAAGUUAUGCAUGGUGAUCGCCACAAAGAUGUUGGUACAACAACAAGUCCAAGUGCUGCUCUGAUUGCUGCAAAGAAACAAGCUAUUCUUAAUCAAUCAAAAACCACUUAUCCUGAUGACGGUGAUUGGGACACAGAUCUCCCGCGUGAUCAUUAUCGCCCGCACUUCACCCGUUUCAACGAUCGUUCAAGUAACUACUUGUAAAGGUGUUUGCGAUUUUCCACUUCACGGUGUGAUCCUCUUAUCUAUUCUUUGGAUGACUUUGGGCUGGUCCCAUGUAGCAUCGCCUCAUCCACACUUGCUGUCACUUUCAUAUACUUAAU